UCCAGACCCGAAAGAAACUUUCUAGCUCGAUCUCGAUCUUAUCCAGACUCACCCACACUUUUACUCUGAGUUCAUAAAAAUCUCAUUUAACCCUCAGCUUGCGGCUCUCUGUAAUUCUCUUGGAUUUUCCCAACUUCAGAUUUUAUCGAAUAUGAAAAAAAAAAGUCCCCAGCUACAGAAACUUGGGGUCUGGUCCAGUUUAAUUGGGGAUAUCUAUCUUAUAACCAGAACAGCACUCUAUAUGGUUUGUAUGUAACAUCGAUGGCCCAUGAAUUGAGCCACUUUUGGUUCGGCAAUUUGGUAACCAAUGACUGGUGGAGCGAUUUAUGGAUCCAAGAGAGUUUCGCCUCUUUUAUUUCUAAAAAGAGCACAUCGAGACGAAAUUUGAUCAAAGAAAUGACUUUAACGGGCGCAAUCCGGUUCGAAGACCAGUCCACAAUGAGGCAAAUGGUUGUGCCUUUGAACAACACUCAAGACACUCAGGAUCGUUUCAAUCAAGUGGUUUAUCGAAAGGGCUCCUAUCUGUUGAGGUCAUUGGAACGCCUGAUCGGUGAAGAAGCUUUCCAAGAAAUCUCCAAGGAAUAUUUGAAGAAGCAUCUAUUUAAGACAGCUACAACGAACGAUGUGAUUGAAGCAUUUGAAGAGAAGCUUCCGAACAUCAACAUUAGGUCUUUUUUGGAAAGCUUCCUAUUCCAAGAGGGGUGUCCAAUUAUAAAUGUAAAUGAUUCUGGUGAUGGGCUGUAUACUUUGGAACAGGUUUCAGGAUCUUCAAAAGAAUAUGACUCCAAGUGGACAGUGCCAGUUUCAUAUCGACUGGGAAAUGGAAGCAGAGGACUUAUAUGGUUUGACCGAGAUUUGGAAAGUGUUGAGAUAGAAAUUCGAAAUCUAUCUGACUGGAUUCUCUUCAACACCCACCAAACUCCUGGCCUGUAUCUUGUCAACUACACAGAGAGAAUGUGGUUGAACCUAGUGAGAAAUAUUGAUACUAUUCCAUUAAGAGAGCGACCAAAGUUAGGCGACAAUCUAUAUCUGCUCUAUAUUGGAAAAUAUAUAAAUUGCGAUUUGAUAUUCACGAUCAUCAACAAAAACUCGCAAAUGUUGCUGGACUGGAUGAUGGACGUUAUUGCAGAAAUUGUGACACGCACCAUGUGCUUUCCCAUACAAUAUGCAAUUCUUAAGGACCUAAUUGAGGGGCGGUUUGGGGAUUAUCAAUUAGCACAAGCCGAUUAUAGCGACUUAUGCCCUUCAGACGGUGCACCUGAAAUCACUGAUGCCCAUCAAGCGUACUGUUUAGGAUGGAUGACUAGGAACUUGAUCAAACCCGACAUUGCAGUGAAUGGAACCCAGUGAGGCUGAAUGUAUGUUGCAGGUCAACUGUAUUGGGACUUGCGACUUUCGGCCAGUCACAAACAACGUAACAUAUCGGCAUCCUGUACAGUAAAUCAACUAUAAUAUUUAUAAAACAGUACUUGAAUGACUGACCGAAAAGCUUCCAUGUCCAUUCUCCGGUAUUCUUAAAAAAACCAACAACGUUUCACUGACGCUUAUAAUACUGCCAAUCAGCAUUUUUUGUGUGUAAAAGUUAACACAACUAAUUAUCUCAAUAUACAGUCCUAACAUAGUUAUAUAUAUAAAAAAUUAGUUAAAUUUGUACAUAUUGCACGUUUCCAAUAAUUAAUCUAUGCUUUUAUCUAGAAUUCUUGUUGUAGGAAUGGUUCCUUUUGAAUGAGCAGAUAGAACAGUUGCACCGGAUCUAAAGCUUAACGAAAAAUAACUAAAAAGUCGAAUAUUCCAAAAUCAAAAUUACGUUUAAAAACUCAGUUGCAGGCAUGCGACCACUGUGUAGUUGCAGUCUUUUUGUAUGUUAUGUAUUUUUUCGCAUUUCAAUGACAAAAAAAAUAAACAUUACAUGAACAUGAAAAAA